AUGGAAGACAGUCCCGUUGACUUUCUGGCAGAAUUACCCCAAUAUCUACGGGAUGUACUGACCCAGCUCCCAGAAGACCACAAUGAUGCCCUCAGUCAAACCAGAGGCCCCUCAAUAUCGGAUGUCAAAAAGCUGACCGAUCGAAGGAAACGAUAUGCAUACCUGCUUCUCUCUCGCCACCGCUUGACUCAGCUUCUGGCCGAAUGUCCGGGUCCCUGUCCGGACCUCAUUCUCCGACGUGCUGAAGUCUACGAGGCCCUGGGAUACAGCGAAUUGGCGCUGGCAGAUGCCUAUGUCUCAUACACCCUUUGUCUCGUGGCUUUGGAUGGCCCUGACGUCUCAGAUCUUGAACCUGUCGAUUCUGACGGAGAUCCCUGGCCGGCUUCCGACAGUGACCAUGGCGAGAUGGAGUUGAACCCUGUAGCCUUGGAGCACAAGUACCGCUCGCUUGUCCUGAUGUGUCGCUCUGCCAUCAUCCUGGGUGUUCAAAACCAAGCGAAACUGUGGAUUGAUGAGGUCUUGGCGGUGAAGAGAGUCAUACGGCGCUUGAACGGGGAGGAGCCCCGAGAGCCGGUCAGGGACAUUGAAGAGGUAGUGGGAGACUUUUCCAAGUACUCCACAGUCUACGAGGACGAGUCCAAGUUCCACAAGUGUGUGAAGAUCCUCCGGCGCGAUGCCAAGCCCACCCUGUUCGGCUGGUGUCAGCGUCAAGUAUACCCAUGGAAUGAGCACGAGCCCGACAGAAUGUCCAGAGAAGCAUUAAUCGAGAUCAAUGACAAGCUCCAUGUGGCUGCCCCGGAUCUGGAAGUGGAAAUCGCCACACUCCCGCUUCUUACUCCAUCCCUGGAUGGGGGUAUGGAAAGGGUCUCUGUCGGUGAGGUGAAAACCGGUCCGUUUACCACAGCCCGUUUCUCCUCCCAAUUGGGUUUAUUUGCUAAAAGGGAACUUGCACCCGGGGCGACCAUCUUGAGGGAGAGAUCGGCCUUGACAGCCAUACGACCACAUGGCGAGGCCCUCUGCGAUGCCUGUGCGGCUGACAUGGAAGGUAUCGACCGGGAGCAUCGAAGGUAUUGUGCAGGGUGUAACAUCCCUUUUUGCUCGGAUGAAUGUCAGACAGCUGCAGCAGAACGCUACCACCAGCCGAACGAGGAAGACUAUCAGACCGAUGAGGGUUAUCCGCCUGCCGAGGCGCCCUUUUGUCCUGGAACCAGUGGCAAUGACGACCUUCACACGCUCGGACGGGCUGAAAGCUCGACAACCCCCGAAUGGGAUUUGUACUUUUUGCUCCUCUCUCGAACCAUGCAGCUGGCCGAGACCCAGAAAAUGCAUCCUCUGGAUCUCUUCGAGACGAAAUAUUUGUGGGGAGACUUCUCUCCAACACCAGAAGUCAUGGAUCUCCCGAUCAAAAGCGGUCCCAAAUCACUGCCAUACAGCGUGCGCCACCAUGUCGAGUUGCCUCUCCAAUGGUUUGAGAUUCUUAUGCACUCCCGAGAGAGGUGCAGACCCUAUAGUGCCACUUGGCUGAAGAAAUACGACUGGUGGAUCAUUCAGACACUCUUUGCCAAGUUUCGAGGAGUGGCCGACGCCCAACAAUCAACCUGGACGGGCAAGCCUGAGGUCGCCGCCGUCCAUCCUCUCUGGUGUUUGGCAAAUCAUAGCUGCAAUCCAAACGUGACUUGGAAACCUUCGGGCGUGAGAAAUCUGACCGUCGUCAAGGAAAAAGUGUGGGAGCGUACUCCUUCAUCGACCAUUUGGGGAGGUAUCCAGGCCGGCGAAGAGAUUCAGAACCACUACACCGAUGUGCAGGAACAGGACUACCGAGAGCGCCGAGCCCGUUUGCAGGCGGUCCUUGGUGGAGAUUGCCGGUGCGAGAGGUGCAUCUAUGAAUCGAACCUGGCUCCAAGCCAACAUUGA